CCAAUAUCACGAACGCCGCCUGUAACCUGACUUGGAGUGUGCUUAAAAGGAAACACAGAUAUAUUGCGUACAAAAAAUGCUAGAGUGGAUACAGCUGACCCUUACUAUUGGAAUGAUUGGGUUGUUUUUGUACAUUUGGCUAACAAAAAAGAACGAUGUUAACGAUGCGCCUAGGCCAGCUGUUAAAUCGUUUUUGUCUCAAGAUGUCCAGACGGACAACACAGGUAGAAAUCAAGCAGUCACUAAAGCCGUUCAGACUGACAACGAAGGUCGAAAUCAAGCAGUCACUAAAGCCGUUCAGACAGACAACGAAGGUCGAAAUCAAGCAAUCUGUAAAGCCAUUCAGACAGACAAUGAAGAGGUGUUGAUGGAUCCUGAACCCAGGGAAGUAGAGGCACAAAAUCCACCUGCGCCAACAUACGCACUAAUAGGAGGAGCAGGUGGAACUCGUGCCAUGCAACCUCGUUCAUUGGAAUCAGGGGUUGAGGAGGGUGAACCUAUGGACACUAGCCUGCCAAUUGCCGCUCAAAACCUGCCGGGACAGAAUGUGCCGGAUGCUCAAAUGGCUAAUGAUGGACAGUUUGGAGCGCAACCUCAAAAUGAGUCACGGUUUGGAGACACGCGAGCUAUACAACCGCAUAAUGAGGUACGUUUAGGGAUUACUACCGCUAAGAUGCCACCAAAUAAGCUUUCAUCUUUGGAAAGGCUUAACACAGAAAUAGUGAUACGGAUUAAACAAGAUUUGUUUGACGGACGUCUUAUCAGUCUCGACCAAUCUCAAAUAGAAGAUAUCAUAAAACUCGGUGAAGCAAAAGAAUUGGCAAAAACCAAAGGUGCCAGAGUAUUUGCAACGUCAAAAACGAUUUCAGGUUUCAACACUAAAGUGGUCAUUAAGGAAUUGCACAUAGAUAAAGAUGAUUUGGAUAGGAUGAGAUAUGUCACAAAUGAGAAGCUUGCAUCCAGAAUUCUUCAUUUUGGGAUAGUGCCAUUGCUUGCAUACCAUGAUGCGUUGCUGACGGAUCAGUCUGUGAGAUUUGGAUACUACUAUUUCGUGUCACCGUAUUUCGAGGGAGGAAGUCUCUUGAAGGCUCUUGAAGAAGACACAGAUUCAUUAUUCAGAAAUGAUACACACUCUAUUAGAAUGUCGCAAAAAACAAGAUUAAAGAUUAUCUACCAAGUGGCUUCUGCAAUUAGUUACUUGCACAAGCCUGUAAAGGACUUCAGGUAUGAUGUCGUGCAUAUGGAUAUAAAGUCCCUAAACAUUGUGCUGGAUUUGAAGUACAAUGCAAGGUUGAUUGAUUUUGGAUUAGCAAGAGAAAUGAAGGAGCCCAAUGCUAAACUCUUUAUGACUUCAUCCCAAGUUCCUGGGACUGUUGGCUACUUUCCAACAACAACAUUGCAGGGUUUGACCAAGUUUCAUGACUACCACAACUUUGGAGUUGUGAUAAGAGAACUCUUGACUGGAAUUCAUCCUGCUAAAAGGUUUCAGGCUUCUACCCUACGGACUAUGUCAUCAUUUCAGUUGAAGGAUAACAUUCAGAAAGUGAUCUGGAGAAAUGAGAAGGUUUGGGAGACCCUACUGGAUUUAGCCGAAAGAUGUGUGGGAAGCCUGGGACAGCAUACAUUAUUAAACACAUUCCAAAUUUCUGAUAUGCUUAUGGAGCUGGAGCCACUAAUGCGAGAAGUAGAUGCACAAAAGUGGAGCAGAAAUCCAGGGAAGGAAUGCGAAGUGUGUCUAGCAAAUCAAGCUGCUGAAGAAAGCGAGUAUCUGGAACAUGCCGUAUUAUGUUCGUCGCCUAUCAAGGUGUGCGCAUCUUGCAUAAGAAAUUCCUUCUUGAAUCCAAUCAUUUGUCACACUUGCGAAAUGGAGGUGCAGCCAUUCAUUGGGCAAAACUGGGGAGCCAUUUUGAUUGCAGGAAAUGACAAAGACAAAGUUGUAGCAGAUGCUUUCAAAAAUGAUGUACAUAGACUAAAAGAGGUUAUCACAAGUAGAAGUGUUCCUGUCAUGUGCAUCAGGGAGGAAAGCAUUGAAGUUGUUACUCCAGAUGAACCAGACAAGGAAGACAAUAAGAUGUGGGGCAAAGUUAAAGAUGCCAUUAAAAAACUGAAAGAGAAAAGCCUCAAAACUCUUCUAGUGGUGUACUCGGGGCACCAUGGUCUCCAGACAAAAGAAGAAAUUGCAAAGAACGAAAAGAAGUCAAUUGGUCCUCUUCAGAGUGUGACAGGAUCAACUAUUGAAGCCAAGGAAGGCUUUUUCAAACUGGGUGAAAAUGAAUUGAUGAAAGACGUUGAAUUGUGCAAUGAAAUACAGCAGCUAAAGUCAGUUGACAACAUUUUUAUUUUUGAAGAUUGUUGUCAUGGUGAUGCCGAAAUAAAAUCUGUAUUAACAGGUAAAACUGUCGUGACGUUCAACAGUAGUAAUACGACUACAACAUCUUCAGUGGACUUUAAAAAGAAAGAAAACAAGUAUAUUGCUACAUUGAUCAAAGCACUCACGGCAACCGAGGAGACCAGACAUGAAUUGUACCAACAUAAAGAUUGCAAGAGAUGUGAAGACAUCGCCAACAUAUUGUUCUAUGGAAACUUUCUGACAGUGAACACCUUGCAUACAUUCCUUUCAUAUUAUAUUGAACACUGUAAAAAUACAGAGAUGAAAAGCCAUGGCAGCCGUUUAUUUUCAGCUCAAAAUCUUUGGGGAAAAGAUAACAUAUUAGCCUAUAGAUACAGUUUCCAAGUGGCCUUUCAAUUCAAGAUAAAGAAACCAAAAGGCGGAGAAGUAAAGUCUGAAUCAAUUUGCCUGAAUAAAUUUGAUGAUUUGCAAAGGCUGAAGGAAAGCUUGUUUAGAAAAAUGCUAAGCUUUGAUGAAUCUACCAAAUACCUCGUUGAAAACGAGGAUCAAUUGAAGGUCUUUGCUGCUGCUGUUAGCAUACAAGUAGAACAUGGAUCCAGAGAAGUCCAUUUGAAGGAAAUUGAUUCUCUUGAACAGGCAUCUUCAGCUUGGAUAGCUCGAAGAGAACUGAUUGCACAAAUUCGAAGUGUUGAGAAAAUUGACUUUAAGAACUAUGAUGUGGCUGACAUCUUUGUUUCACCAACCGAUGUUGAAGACAUUUUCGAAGUAGUGAACUCGGUGCGACCGAAAGUUUGUCCGUCUGAUUCGGUAACGAUGUCAGAGAGGUUUGUUGUGGACAGAACUGACCUUCCACGUUGUGUAAAAGAACUUGAAAAACUCCGUAAAAAUGUUCCAGAACGCUUUAAACAUGUUUUCUUUGUCUUCAACCAUAGCCUGGAUCAUGUAGACACAGUACUUCGUAGCAAACAUGAGGAUGUUUCAAAUGUGAAAGUUCACAUAAUAUUUCCAAAGAACAAGAGCGUAGAUGUUUCAAAAUUUUGGCCAUUUAUUUUCUAUCGCAUUGAAGGAGCAAGUGCGCUGUCAUAAUACAGUGGCUUUGACGCCAGUGUACUUUGAUUACAAUGUUAAGGAUAAAAUCCUGAACUCAAGAUUGAGAGCUUUCAGAUUAAGAUAACCGUAUAGUUACCUGCUUGGGGCUUGAGACACUCGUACCCAUUUGGCUUGCACAAGGAGUUGGUGAUAUUUCAAAUUUUGUGUCAUUUUUAAAGCAAAGAAUACGAGACGUUUAUGUUCAAAAUUUGAACAGCAGAUUGUCAGGCUCCUCAAGAGCUUUAUUUUAUAGAAACAUUUCUGAUUUUGAACUAAAACCCUAUCUUAAGUGUGUUAAUGUACAGAAAUUCAGAAUUGCCUUAAGCCAAUUAAGAUUAUCGUCGCAUCGACUAAAUAUAGAAGUUGGUAGGUAGAAUAAUACAAUUUUGGAACUAAGACUUUGCCCACAUUGUAAUGUCUUAGAAGACGAAGUUCAUUUCUUGGUUGAAUGCAGCCUGUAUACAAAUAUUAGAUCUAAAUAUAUUCCUAGAUAUUAUCGUACUAAUCCAAAUAUCUUUAAAACAAUAGAAUUGCUGAAUACAGAUCAUACUGUUUUGUUAAAGAAUCUUUCUAUUUUCGUGUAUAAAGCAUUUGCUCAGAGAAAGAAUUUCAUUACUUUACAUGAUACAUGAUUAUUAUAUGUUUUAAUACCAGUCGUUAUAUAGUUGUAAUAAGGAUUAAUAAUUCUUCUUUUGAUUAACAUUUGCUACUAUUUUUAUUACUGUAAAAUAUCUCAACUAGUUAAAAAAACAUAUAAUCACCGCCAAGCAAGUGUUAAAUAAUGGAAAUGAUCAUGGACUAUCAUAGUCUACUUCAUUGAUGUAUAUAUGUGUGAUGUUAUGUGUGAAAAUAAACUUGUGUUCUGUUCAUAUUAAAGGUUGGAUAGUUGAUCAUUCACGAGUGUACAUAUAUGUACAUGAAUAGAGAUUGUGCCACAGUACAACUCUUAAUUUAUUUGUUAAGGAUAUGAACAUUACUAAACAUAUAGUCACUAAAGAAACAAACGAUACAAGGGAAUUUAUGUAAAAGUGUAUUGAUCUCAGUGGAGUUAAGUUUGUUCCUGGGUAGCACGGGCAUCACAGUGGUGUCUAAUUUACGUAUGACUAACGUAAGAUGCACGUUUGACUGAACAAACGCAAAUGUUUGAGGAAUAUUGUACCUGUUAUUGUUUGCAUGAUUUUUUUGUAAUAGGUGAUCAAUUAUUUCUGCGUUGCAACACAUAAAAAAAUCAAAUUGAGUUGUGUUGUCGUUAGGCAAUGAUCAGAGCGACACGUGUUUUACACAAAAUAUUCCCUUUAAAAUCAAAUCUGAGGUCAUUAAUACCCAUAUUUAACUGUUUUAAUUGACCAAAAAUGAUUCAUAUAUAUCGAAAUCAAUGGAUCUUAUUAAGGAUACUGUGUUUUAUUUGAAAGAAAGGUGCAGAAAACACAGUAUUUCUACCUUUUGAGACUAUAGUAGAUCACAGUUAAUCUUUUAGCAUUCACCAAUCAUUUAAUAUUUUUGCGUUUUCAGCUAUUAUAUACACGGUUAUAAAAUUGUUGUAAGUUAGUAAUAUGUUCCAUAAAUGCAUUAUUUAGUAAGAAGCUGAAGGUUUAUGACUCAAAAUGUAUGUUUGUUAUACUUGUGUAUGUAUUGAUUUUGAAUAAGAGUGUCACUUUAAUAAGAGAUUGAUAUUGUUUCUUGUUUUGGGUAUUUAACAUAGUGAUAUACCAGUACAUAUACAAUUUAGCGUUCAAUUUUAUUAUGCUCCUGGAAGUGAUGAGGAUAUAGUCGCCUCUUGGUCCUCUGUCGAUACUUCCGUAUGUCAUUCGAAACCCUGUCCUGCGAUAACUUUAAAAAUACUGAUGUAAUUGUAAUAAAUUGGUAAAGAUAGAUGGCAAUAAAAUAAAGUGCAGUACACAGGAA